GGUGGUAUCAUGUACCCUUUGUAAGUAGACGUGUAUGGUGCCAGACCAGGGAUUGAACUCACAUGUCACAGAUGUGUGCGUGUCGGAAGCACACGUUUUCCUGCCACGUCAUUUAUACAGGAGGCUGCAACCAGCCGUGUGCAUGACACAUCCACGUUACCACUGCAAACACGUCGAGAAAGAAAGCUCAUUCACUUAUAUUAUUCAAGCACGGCAGGAUUUCUUGACAGAGUUUACUUUCCCUGGCACGGUCAAGGACGCAGCAGUGUUGUGAAACUGCUUCCUCCACUCUGAGCGUGGCCAUUUUAUGUUCGCAGAGCUGUUUGAAGCACAGCACGGGCUGAACUCCUGGUUCCAGAGUGAAAGAGGGCCUGGAAAGGUGUCCACAAAAUAAGCAAAAUGGAAGGUGACUGAAGUAGCAGUUGUGGGAUCUGUUACAUGGUGUCAUGUGAGCAUGAGGACACAGCUACUUGUUUGUUUUGACAGGAUAGUUUUUCUGAAUUGGAAGUGCCAGGACAUAUUUUCUGUUUCAACUGAUGCAAAUAUCCUAUAAAGCCACAGGAUGACACUCCCACCACGGCACAGUGGGUGUCAUCCGCACGCCCGUGCAUGUUUUGGAAACGUUAUAUUUAUGUGUUUUAAAGAUCGAUACUAACAUCACGGAUCGACACGCAUAAGUUGCAGUCGUUUAAAUAAACACAACGGGCACAUGAAGAAAUCUCUGCAUUGCAGCAAAAAGUGUGUUUUAAGGGGAAGAGGGUAGUGUGCUCUCUGUGAUCCGUGUGGCAUAACUGGCUCGACCAAUGGCGUUCCGCGCUGUUGGCCCUGCAGCCAAUUGCUGCUGCAGUUGAGGUUAAAGAUUGACAAUCAGAGAGAGAGCAGCAGCGAGAAGGGCCUUCUGGAAAAUUCCACAGCCUUCUUUGAUGCAAGCUUUACAGCCGUGUAAACAAUUAAGGUCAAUUUUUUUUUUCUCUUCUAUUCGAGGCUCUGUAUGAAGCGAGUGUUUGCUUUGUGUUGGUGGCAUGCUAUGACAAUGACGAAGGGGAUGUAGUUCAGUGGGCUGUUUUCUGUUCCGCCUUGUGUUGAGAGGUUUGAAAAUGCAAGCAGAGUUAUCUCUCCAGAGUGGAAGGGGCGAGGAUGUUUCCAGUCUGCUGCAUGAUUCCUGAGAGCAGCUCCUUCACGAUGAAAAUGACAGAAUGACACAUGAGCCGGUGUCUUUCCUGCUGUGGUUUGCCACACAUAGAGCAUCUACCCUCUACUUUUUUGGUCGAUUCCAAUGUGCAAUUUAAGGUACAGUGAAUGGAAGAGGGGAAGAUUACAGGGCGCCGGUUUGUGGUCCUGAAAGCGUGCGUGGAGAGAUGGUCCUCCCUGGCACAAGUGUGGCUCCAGAUAUCUCUAUUUUUAAUGUCAGGCUGUAAUCUCCACAGAUCUCUCUGGUUCUCCUGCAUGGAUGUGCCAGUGCCUGAGUCUGAGCCUUGGAGUGGGGGAUGGGGGCGAGGGGGGAGGGGAGCAAGCUGUGGCCUCCAUUUUCUGUGACGAGGGAACCCUGCUCGGCUCUCACAGGAGAGGAAUAUAAAGAGUCAGUAUUGUUCAUUUUUGUCCAUCAGGUAGCACUCGCCAAGAGGAAUGCUGUCAGGAAUCUCUCCCAGAAUCUGCCGUGGAUUUAUUUUGCUGACUCUUCCUGUGUGAUGGAUCACAGCUCCUAAUGUGGCUGGGAAUACUGUCUGGAUAUCCAAUGGUCAUUAUUGUGUUUUGUCAUUGCUGCUUGUGCACUGUACUUGCAGGUUGGGAGUUUUCCUCCGGCCGCACGGACUCGCUCACUCAUGGCAACUGCUCUCUUCUUGUUGCUUUAGUUCACAUGGCAGAAGGGACUUGGCUGGCUCUUAUUUUCAUGUGGGCCCUGUUUGUUCUCUCUGUCCGGAAGAGGAAGGCCCUGAAGGGGUUUGGAUGUGUGUGGGUGUGCGACUGUUGGCAGGCUGAAACCAGAUCCCCAUGUGCCACUGGCUUGAAAGAAACUCUGCUCAACCCAUGUCUGCCAUUUUAGGUCUCCGGACUCUUCCUGGUUUCAGUUUAAUAACCGGGAUUUUCCAGUUCUGAGAAAGAACAAAGGAACACGGCCACUGUUUGUUCAGUCACAGGAAGAGUUGUGGCACGACUGGUUUGGACUUGUUGACUUGUUCAGAGUGAGAGAGACCAUCAUCUUGAUGUGUUUCAAUCUGGUCUUAUUUGAAAUCAACUGCUGUUGAAGGAAGCGCAAACAGUCAAUGAGUCAUGAGCUACAUUCCUUAGAAGUGGGGCAGCUGUUGGUAGCAAGGAAGGAUUGACCUUUGAGUCGUGAAGUGUAACCCAUUGUUGCCUGCGUGAUCUUUGGCCCAAACAAGGGAUGUGGCCAGGCGUUUUCACGUCACGUUAUUAACGAACACUAGACGACUGUUUGGAGUCUGCCUUGAUGCUGUUUACAUUUCAAAGACCAACCUUUAUAGCUGCUUUCCAGAAGACGGCAAGAAAAAGGUUGCCCUUCUCAAGAAUGCUAAUCCAUUCGUAAUAUUUCAAAGCAUUUUUGUACCCUUUAUGGUCUGGAAUUUAAUUGAACUUUCAGAUCGUUUGCUUGGAUUUUCUCCUUUUAUGGAAGGAAGUUGUUUGAACUGACACUGCUACGCUGCAUCGUGCUUUAAUAGUUACAUGACUUAGAAGCAUAAGCAGUAGGUGUGGGAGCGACACUGCCGACCUUUUCCUCCUGCAACCAUGAGCUUGCUCUGCACUAAUGGACAUAAUUCUGCUAUUGGCAUGUGCUUUAACCCUUUAUAUUAAUUUCCAGCCCUUGUUUUGGGCUGUUAAGCUUCAUAUCGCUCGGUCAUUGGGCAUCAAAAACAGGAUCCUAGCUAUCAAGGCAGCAGAAACCCGAGCUGUUUACGGGAUUAGGCCGUGCAAACACUGUCUUUCAUUUGAAACUAACUCUCAAACCUUUUGGUCGUGCUCAUCGUUCGAAUGUGAUUCAGCCAACAAUGGCCUCAGUUCCUCUGGGUGUGUUGUUGUUCAGAGACCUCUUGCCUUCUCCUCGUGUGGAUCAGUCCCACGCCGUUUUAGGUUGUUAGCCAAACAGAAAGCGGUGCAAAGAUACCGGACCUGUUUCAUCUUAACUUCCGCGCUGGUGUGGUUACAUGAAGGAAGGCGACACGGCCAAGGUGGUGUUCUGAAUACCAACUUGGCUUUCGCCACCAAGGAGUGUUGCUAUGGCGAUCUGACCUUACCUCUUUUUUUUUUUUUACAGUUAUUAGCGGCUGAUAAAACGGAGAGCAUUUUUUUAAAACAGCAGCUGCAGAAAGCCUUAGUGAUAGUAACGGGCAAUCCCCAUCGGUGGGCCAUGAGGGACUUGUGCUUUCAGAGUCUGGCUGAGGAGGAGAUAAAGAACGAGUCUGAUGUGGUAGAGGGGAUGGAUGCAUCAGCACGAUCCAAAGUCCCCGAUCCACCGGGGUCAACCGAGCGGUCAGUGGUGCCACAGAAGAGAAAGGUCUCAAGUCCAUCCCAUUCCUCCAAUGGACACUCUCCCUCCGACAGCUCCCCCAGCCCGCACAAAAAGAAGAAGAAACCCGGAGCGGUGAACAGUAACAGCAAAGACCAGUCAGAGCUAAGACAUGGUCCCUUUUACUAUAUGAAGCAGCCAGCACUCACCACAGACCCUGUUGAUGUUGUACCGCAGGACGGCAGGAACGACUUCUACUGCUGGCUGUGCCACCGCGAGGGCCAGGUGCUCUGCUGUGAGCUCUGCCCCAGGGUGUACCACGCCAAGUGCCUCAAACUACCAGCCGAGCCCGAGGGCGACUGGUUCUGUCCAGAGUGUGAGAAGAUAACGGUUGCCGAAUGCAUCGAAACUCAGAGCAAGGCGAUGACCAUGCUGUCUAUAGACCAACUGUCAUACUUACUUAAAUUUGCACUUCAAAAGAUCAAGCAGCCGGGGACGGAACCUUUUCUGAAGCCGGUGUCUCUCGAGCAGCACCCGGAUUACGCAGAGUACAUCUUCCAUCCUAUGGACUUAAGUACUUUAGAAAAGAAUAUCAAAAAGAAAAUGUAUGGCUGCACAGAAGCGUUCCUGGCCGACAUGAAGUGGAUAUUACACAACUGCAUCAUCUAUAAUGGGGGAAAUCACAAAUUAACAGCAACUGCAAAAGUCAUAGUCAAGAUCUGUGAACAUGAGAUGAAUGAGAUCGAGGUGUGUCCAGAGUGUUACCUGUCAUCAUGCCAGAAACGGGACAACUGGUUUUGUGAGCCUUGCAGUCAACCUCACACUCUAGUCUGGGCUAAACUCAAAGGAUUUCCCUUCUGGCCGGCGAAAGCGCUGCGAGAAAAAGAUGGCCAGGUGGACGCAAGAUUCUUUGGACAACACGACAGAGCCUGGGUCCCCAUCAACAACUGCUAUCUCAUGUCCAAAGAGAUUCCCUUCUCCGUGAAGAAGACAAAAAGCAUCUUCAACAGCGCCAUGCAGGAGAUGGAAGUCUACGUGGAAAACAUCCGCAAGAAAUUCGGCGUCUUCAACUACGCGCCCUUCCGCACCCCGUACACGCCCAACAACCAGCUGCAGAUGCUGCUGGACCCGUCGAAUCCUAGCGCUGGCACGGUCAAAACCGAGAAGACCGAUAAACUCCGUUUCAACUUCGAUAUCACCGCGUCCCCGAAGAUGGUCCUUGGCAAAAACUCCACGCCCAGCGGCAUGAGUCGGAGAGUCUCGAUGACGGACAUGCCUCGCUCGCCGAUGAGCACCAACUCCUCUGUUCACACGGGGUCAGAUGGGGAGCAGGAUUUGGAUAAAUCGAGUCGGAUCUCUGGCUUCCACUACAGCACUGGAGAGGAGUCAAUGGACUGCACUGCCUCUCCUGUGUCUGGGAAGGCAGGUCAUGCUGCCAGCAUCACAAGCAGCCCCAAGCCUUUUAACCCAGGACUUGUUCCUAAGCAGGAGAGGACCGCAUCCACUGGUGGAAUCCUUAACCUCAACCUGGACCGAGUCAAGGCAGAGAUGGACCUGAAAGAGCUGAGUGAGACAGUACAACAGCAGCAGCAGCAAAACCAACAGCAGCACGGGGCAGCAGCGCCUCCGCCGACUCCGAAGCGACCCCUCCGGAGUCUGGACAGGACGAUUGAAAGCUGCAAGGCUCAGCUUGGGAUCGAUGAGAUUUCUGAGGACGUCUACAAAGGUGUGGACCACAGCGAGUCGGAGGAUUCGGACAAAUCGGACUCCAGCGACAGCGAGUAUCUGAGCGACGAGGAGCACAAGCCAAAGAGCACCAACCAGGACGUCAAGGUCAAAGUGGAAAGGAAGAGACGGAGGCAGAGCGUAGAAAGUGACACUAAGGAAGGAGUCGCUGCUCCGGCGGAGAAACCUCCACCUGAAGCCCAAAUCAAGGAGAAACAGAGCGGCAGCAACCAAGAGAAGGAAGCUCUGGACAGGUUGCGGACGAGCCACUCGGAGAAGACCAAGGCCGUUGAGGAGGGCAGAGCAGCUGGGGCGCCACCAGUGGCUGAACAAGAUUCUGAUUCCGAAAGAGAGCUGGUGAUAGAUUUGGGGGACGACCAGCGUGGGCGGGACUCAAAGAGGAUCAGACGGGAAGCUGGAGCUUCUGCGACCAAAACGCUCAAAGAUUCAAGCGCUGUCAAAUCUGAAGGUAAAUCGGCGAGUUCGUCCACGUCUGCAACAGCCAAAGACAAAGACUCAAAUAGCAAAGACUCGUUGCAGUCUUCUCUACAAGCCGCUGUGAACCUUAUAUCAACUGCAACGUCCGGUCAGACAAGUUCUCCCACAAAUACCAGCGCUGCUUCGCCCGCCCCCGCCCCUGUCCCGGCACCCGCUCCAGCAUCAGCUGCUGUGAAGAAACAGCGCCCCCUGUUGCCCAAAGAAGCGCCACAGCCUGUACAGAGGGCAGUUGUUUGGAAUCCCACGAAGAUCCAGACGUCCUCUCAGAAAUGGCACAUGCAGAAGGUGCAGAGGCAGCAGCAACUGGGCGACCCGGCACAGACACAGGGUCCACAGCAGCAGACUUCCUCCUUGAGUGGCCGCUACCAGACCAGACAAGCAGCCAAAGGACAACAGAAGGAGCCGAGUCAGAGUUCUUCAACGUCUCAGCUCUCGAGCAGCACGAGUGACAUUCAGAUUCCUACUGUGUCAGCGGAUGUGGCUGCUGAUAUCGCCAAGUACACCAACAAAAUUAUGGACACUAUUAAAGGAACAAUGACCGAAAUCUAUAAUGAUCUCUCCAAAAGCACAUCGGGAAACACAAUUGCAGAGAUUCGACGGUUAAGAAUAGAGAUUGAAAAGCUUCAGUGGCUGCAUCAACAAGAGUUGUCAGAGAUGAAGCACAACCUGGAACUGACCAUGGCAGAGAUGAGGCAGAGUCUGGAGCAGGAGAGAGAUCGGCUGGUCGCCGAUGUGAAGAAGCAGUGUGAGAUGGAGAAGCAACAAGCGGUUGAUGAGACCAAGAAGAAGCAGUGGUGUGCGAACUGCAGGAAAGAGGCCAUCUUCUACUGCUGCUGGAACACUAGUUACUGUGAUUACCCGUGUCAGCAAGCCCACUGGCCUGAGCACAUGAAGUCGUGCACGCAGUCAGCAACCGCAUCACAGCAGGAGCCAGAGACGGAGUCCGCGUCUGACCCCAAGCCUUCUGGACACUCUCCAGCCUCUCAGGCACUGGCCCCCGCAGCAGGGGCCGUAGCAGACAAAAACAACUCGCCUACGUACAUAGAGAAGAGUAAAGACAAUGCUGCUGUUACUGUGACAUAACUGGAACACUACACUCCUGUAAAUAUUGGCUCAUGCGGCUGGGUGUCAAACCCAUCCUCUUGCCUUUUUUGUUUUCAUUCCCAUAUUCAUAGUGGACGUGGUUAUUCAGGAGAACUCUGUCGAUUAGUGGAUUUAUCUAAAGUGAACUUGGUCUGUCUCAAGAAAUAAAAUGUGAGUGUUUGUUUUUAACAGUUGUGUUGGAUGAUGUCGCAUUAUUUCUGAUCAGGAAAUGGUGACGUCAGCCGACUGUCUACAGAUCUUCAAAUGCUGCUUUGAAGCACUUCAUCAUUUCGUCGGUGCCAUCUGGGGCGUUCGGCCUUCCCAGUGGGAACUGUUCCCUUCAUCCAUGUCCUUCUCAGUGGCUUACACUUUGGUUUUGUACUUCAGUUGUUUGUUGUAUAGGCCUUCAUUUAAAAAGGUGUGAUUUAUUAAAAGGAAAGUUUUAAAUGUACAAAGUUUUGUAAGAUACCGAAACGAUAUUUAUUGUGUUAUAUGUUUUUAUAGUAUGCAAAUUUAAAUUACAUUUCUAUGUGUCUAAAAAAGUUAUUUGAAAAGAUUUUACUACCAUGAAUGUCAGUGCUGAGCAAAGUCUGUUGAACUGGUUAUCCAAAGCUGAUGUAAACUCUGGUUAUACUGUGUCAAAAAGGUGCAUAGACCUAAAUGGGGCCUGUAUUCUUUCCUGUGAGCAUGUCCAUGUGAGCUUGUGUCCUGUUCUCGUUUACAUAUUGUAAACACAAUAAAACUAAGUGUCACAUCAACAAAAGACAGCCAGACAAUCCACCAUGUUCUUUUUCAGUCAUAAAAACUCAUUUGUACAGUGAUCACUGAAUGAAAACACACUUGAUUGUUACAUGCUGGUGUUGAUAUUCAUCCAAAACAAUAAAAAUCCACAAUA